GUUUUGCUUUAACGUCCAGGUCAACGUCGAAUUACUUCCGGCUGAGAACUUGUAACCACUUCCGCUCAGUUAGGACGCGGAAGACGGAACGCGAUGGCUGCGGAGGUGUAUUUACUUUGGCUGUUGCCAUUGCUUCAGUCGCUAGCAGCGUUCGGAGCCGAGCUGUCGUCGGAGGCGUGCAGGGAGCUCGGCUUCUCCAGUAACCUGCUGUGCAGCUCGUGUGAUUUGCUGGGCCAGUUCAGCCUGUCGCCGAUUGAGCCCUUCUGCAGGCAGUGCUGCCAGGAGGAGGCUCAGCUCGAGUCCAGGAAGCUCUACCCCGGAGCCAUCCUUGAGGUCUGUGGAUGAAAACUGGGGAGGUUCCCUCAAGUCCAAGCUUUCGUCAGGAGCGACAAGCCGAAGAUGUUCAAGGGCCUUCAGAUUAAGUAUGUGCGAGGCUCGGAUCCUGUACUGAAGCUGCUGGACGAUAACGGGAACAUUGCUGAAGAACUCAGCAUCCUCAAGUGGAACACGGACAGCGUGGAGGAAUUCCUCAGUGAAAAACUCGACCGCAUUUAACGUCAUUGUUUCUGUUUACACAGAUCAGAUCAAAACCGAUGGACCACGUACGAGCUGUUUUAAUGUUCGUCAUCCAAACAAAGUUUAUAAUAAAAUCAGUUCACCCUUUUCCACCGGGUUUAUUAAUUCACCUUAAAUGUUAUCAUUAUAUCACGAUGAACUCCUAAUAAUAGCAUUCCUGUAGAGCGGGACUCGAUCCCUGACAUCCUUCUCAUCCGCCCUUUUCCAGCUGUUCCGUCGGAAACGGUAGUUUUGUUUUUGUUUUUUUGUGCUGUAUAUUUGUGUGUGUAUAUUUGAACAGAGAAUCCUGACGAUGCUGGCUCGGAGGUCUUUUGUCGUUUUUGUUUCCCACUGUACGCUGGCACUGGUGUGGAGCUGCGCAUUAGUGAAGGCCUCACAGGAAACCAGCCUGUGGUGUGUGAGGCCUGAAGUGUGUGUAGUUCUCACAGCAUGUAGCGAUGGAGAGAGACACAAGUGCUCCCUCUGGUAUCUAAACUGAUCUCUGUUUAAUAAAGUUUUGUUUCCACACAA